GGGGGAAUGGCUGAGUAAAACGCCUUAGGCGGCGAACUCAUCAGGGAGGCGAAGGACCUCUGCAGACAGAGCGAGUUGUGGAAAGGUAUUAAGGGGCAGCUAGAGGGCUACUGCGGAGAACAGGUAGAUUUGAGAUUGCGGUGGAUCCUGCUAAUAAACCUGUGUCUGGUAUGGCAGUUGCUGAGGUCGUGGUGGUGGGAUCCUGUAUGACUGAUCUGGUGAGUCUUACUUCACGUCUACCGAAAGCUGGAGAAACCAUACAUGGCCACAGGUUUUUCACUGGAUUUGGGGGGAAAGGGGCCAACCAGUGUGUCCAAGCUGCUCGACUUGGGGCGAAAGCCUCAAUGAUCUGCAAGACCAAUCUUAACCAACCUGGUGUCCAACACAUCAUCCCUGAACACUGGAUGUGCUGGUUGGGACUGAUGAGAGUUGAAGUCCAAAAAUCUGGAAGGCAGCAGGUUGGAUCUAGACACUUCCCUGAGGCAGGCUUGCCUAUAUUUGAAGCUGUUGUUGGGAAGGAUUCCUUUGGCAAUGAUUAUAUUGGAAACUUAACAAAAAAUGGGAUUCCUACAGAAUUUGUGAACCAAACUGAGGAAGCUGCAACUGGAGCUGCUUCAAUCAUUGUCAAUAGCGAAGGGCAAAACUUUAUUGUCAUUGUUGCGGGAGCGAAUUUGCUUUUGAAUUCUGAUGACUUAAAGAGGGCUGCUCAUGUCAUCUCUAAAGCCAAAGUAAUGGUCUGCCAACUUGAAAUAACCCCGUCUGUUUCCCUGGAAGCCCUGAAAAUGGCCCACACCAGUGGAGUGAAGACUUUAUUUAAUCCUGCUCCAGCUAUUGCUGACCUUGAUCCUCAAUUUUAUACCCAUUCUGAUAUCAUCUGCUGCAAUGAAAGUGAGGCAGAACUUCUAACAGGAAUUGCAGUUGGUAAUGCUGAAGAUGCUGGGCGUGUGGGAUUGAUCCUGCUAGAGAGAGGCUGUAAAACAGCCAUUGUAACCUUGGGUCCAGAGGGUUGUGUGGUGGUCUCCACAAAGGAACCCAUCCCGAAACAUGUUCAGGCUCAGAAGGUCACUGCUGUGGACACCACGGGAGCAGGCGACAGCUUUGUGGGAUCACUGGCUUUCUAUCUGGCUUACUAUCCCAAUCUGCCUCUAGAGGAAAUGCUGAGGAAGAGUAACUUCAUUGCAUCUGUUAGUGUCCAAGCAACAGGGACACAGACUUCCUAUCCAUUUAGAAAGGAAUUGCCCCAAGGUCUAUUCUAAGCUGUUCCCCUACACUGUCAAAAAGGUGGUCACUGAUUUUCAGUUUGUUCAGGUAAGAGUACACUCUUGAUUAUUCAUAAUUUCAACAACUUCCAUGUCAAUGCUGAAAAGAAGGGACAGUUGUAUAGAACACAUACCCUUACUUAAAGUCCUUGCCCCUUUAAGGUCUGCAGGGUAUAUCACUCACUGCAGUAGCAUUCCAGGACAUAGAAAAAUAGAUGCAGCACUUCAGAUUCAGAUCUGUGAACAAGACACUCUCUUUCUUCAAAUCCAGUAAGGGUUAAGUGAAGAGAGGCAAUUUGUUUUGAUGUUGUAAUGAUGCCUUAAUAAAUGUUUUACAAAUUCAUUUCUGCAGUUGUGAUCUCAAAAGGGCAAGAUCUUCAAAGCAUGAAACUUCUCAGGUAACUGAAAUUUCUGUUGGCAAACAACUGACAAAACUGGAACUACUCUUGUUCAGUGUUUAUACUGGACCAGCAAACACCACAAAUAUUUAACAAGAGGCUAGCUGACUAUGCAAGUAUUAUAGCAACACUCUCUCAAGUAUACUUCACAUUUUUUGGAAUGGCUGCUUUAGGUGAAAUUAGCUGAUAAAGCCUUCAACUGAGCGGGAUUUAAUACUGGUUUCACUGGAAACAUUUUCAACCAUGGCAAAACAUUUGGAUACAACUAUGUAGCCAGAAAGCCCAGCAAGCUGUAGCUGUUAAGGAAUAUUCCCUUGAAACUGAGAACUGAUUAUUUGUGUACCUUCUAUGGACGGAUGGCGAAGAACACUUUGGAAACUAAAGUACUACUAGUUUUAGUUUUAUUGCUAUGUGAAAUAAACCUUCUCAAGAAUGCAGGCAAUUCCACAGUGGUGUUGAAAUGAAAAACAGAGACAACGGGGGGGGGAUUUUAUUAUUUGAGAGCUGUAAAAAUAACUCAAAAAGAUAAGUAAGUUGUUGAUGAUGAUCCAUGGCUAGACACCAACAACUUUCUUUUUCCACAUUGUUCUUGUUCACAAUGGCCUUCAAAUCACAGGAGACAGCCACCUCAGUCCAUUUCCUCUUCUUUCUGAGAACACUGCAGGGUCGUCGACUUAGCAUUUCCCCCCAUGAGUCUGCCUCAUGUAUGAAUUAAUUUUAGCCAGUCAUCAACUACAGGGAACGGAUCUUUUUAUGCUCUCUGAAGAGGACAUAGUUUUUAAC